AAGAGAGCAAAAACCACCUUCUUCCCCAGUCCCAUCCCCACCUCCGCUUCUGCUCUGCCCUCCCCCCUCCAGCGAGCGCACAACGCGCGCAGCCUGCAGGGCAGCCAGCAACCGGGUCGAGCUCAAUCCCACUGCAUCGCCCCACGCGCGGCGCCGACGAGCCCCCGUAGGGCCGAGGGCGUACGCGGGAGGGGAGGGGAGGGGAGGGGAGGAGAGGAGCGCGCGGCGGGGACGACUGGGAUCCCCCACCAAUGCUCGGGCCCGAAGCCGGAUCUGCCUCGGGGCUCGCGCCGGGGGCCGCGGCGCCGCGGCUGGUGGAGCGGACCGCCGGCGGGCGGGGGGCGCCGGUGAGCGGCGGCGGCGGCGGAAUGCGGAUAUUUCAAAUGGAUUAGUCUCAGUCUGAUGUCCCAGAGAGAAAGAGCAUAGCUACAAUCCCUUCCAGAGACUUAAAUACUACAAAGAUGCCCCCCUCACCGUCGCCUAGGAGAUCUCGUAAAGAGAUUUCCCAUGAAAGGGGGCAUAGUUUUGGAAGCAUUCUGCCUGCUAAACCGAAGGAUGACGAGCUCACGUUGUUCACUGAUAUGCAGAAACAUGAGAGGGACAACUUCUUACUGGACCCGGCAGAGGAUUUUGAUGAAUCUAUCUCAAAGUUGAGCUAUUUUCCGGAUUUAAAGCUUGGUGUCAACAUAGCUGGAAGGGGUGAAAACCGAGAUUUGCUUAAUGCUGAUGGUGAGAGAACCGAUUAUGAUUGGUUGUUGACUCCACCAGAGACCCCACUUUUUCAUUCACUGGAUGAUGAAGAAUACCAGCGCAUUGGUAUGGCUCAUAGGGGCAGGGCACAGAUUAAGCCAAUAUCAAUUUCGAGGUCAUCCACAAUGGAUAGUACUCGAAGGUCUAACAGGAGCAGUGCAAGCCCAAGUAGGCUUAGCCCAUCACCACGCUCAUGUACCAGCACUGUGUUCACUAGGACCAGAUCGUCAAAUUCAUCUUCACGUUGCAGUACACCUCUUGCUUUACAACCAGCAACACCGUCAUGGAGGUCUUCAACUCCUCCAGCUUCUAAGACAUUAACACCUCCACGAAGGUCACCAAGUCCUGCUUCAAGGAGGAUGAGUACUGGUUCAAGUGAUCCAAUUUCAAACGGAAGAAGGAGAAAUUCACCAGUUAAAGCUAGUCACAGGUCAUAUUCGCUAAACCUUCAAGGUGUUCAGUCAAGUGACCCUGGUUUCUCUUUUGAAGCACCUUCGAACCUGCGCACAUCUCUGUCAGAUCGUCCAGUAUCCAGUUCUAGGGGUGGAUCUCCUUCAUCUUUCAGUGGAUCGGACAUGAAUCGGAGAGGUAGAAGGCAAUCUAUAUCUCCUACUCCAUCAAGAAGAGCCAGUUCAUACAACAGCAAUGACCGAGAUCAUUUCGGCUCAUACAGCAAAGCAUCUGCAAGAUCUUCUGCUGAAGAUGAUCUAGAAUCCAUGCAAUCUAUACCAAUUAGUUACUCCAGAUCCAGUAGCCCAGCUGUAAGAAAGAACUUGCCAGUAAUGAAAUCCAGAACUAUUGCAUCGCCUAAGAAGCCAUCCAAGAAUUUCUAUCCUAGUUCUGCUCCAAAGAGGUCCUUUGAUUCUGCAGUUUGGUUGAUGGAUCAACGCAAAGCUCCUCAAGAUAAGUUCAGGCCACUUCUAUCAAGUGUUCCUUCCACCACAUUUGGUGCUGUCAAAGGAGAUGAUGUACACUCAUCUAUGUUGUCGCAUGAUUCCUCUUUCAUGACAAGCAGUAAUUUAAGCUCUGAGCACGGUGUCACUUUUGGCCCUUGUAUGGUUAAUGACCAAGAACAGAAUGAUGUAGUGAGUCAAUGUGAAGCAACAUCUAGUUCCGUAAUUCAUGAGGAUAUAUUUAUGUUUGAUAAGUUGGAUGUGCUGAACGGAGGACCUAAUUGCCAUCAGUGCAGUUUAUCAACUACUCAAAGUGGCCCAAAAUCUCCAAGAACAGUAAAAUAUGCAGAAAGCACCAUAGAGGGCCUCGAGAUGGAAAAAAGUAGAAUAGCUCAGAGUUCAUGUAAUGUUGCAAGUAGUUCUGAGGUCGGACACACUAAAAUGGUAACAUGCACUAGGUGUGGAAAGUUAUUCAAUGAAAUAGGAGAUGAUGGAGAAAUUGAUUUCUGUGAUGAAUGUGCUUUAGUAGAUGAGAUUCUUUUUGUGGACCCAAAGAUACAGACUUUGGAAGAAGCACAUCAACCAGACCACAAAAUUGGAAAUUCUAAACCUUGUGUUGCAUGGGAAGCUCCUCAUAUAACUCCAGAUUGCAUUGAGGGUAUCAAGAAGUCAUCUCUUGACGGUCAGCUGCUGAAUGAUGAACCUCAAGGUGGUUGUCUGCAAAAGUGCCCUGAAUCAAAGUCAACAAUGGAUACAACUGACAGAAUGUUGUCAUGGCAACAUGGGGAGAAUGUUUCUCAAAAUUUAAAGCCACAUGAUAUUGGUGACUCUCCGCUAGGAAAUAAAAUUGAUAUUUCAUCUCAUCAAUGUAGCGUAAGUGACUGUCAACAAAAAGAACCAAUAUCUGUAACUGAGUGCGAUAUUUUAAGAGACCAAACUGCCAACCACAACAAUGAGGUAUCCAAAUGCCUGGCACAGUCAUUGCCUGAAAGUAUUGAAUUUGUCUCUGAUAAACAUACCACCCAUAAAGUGGGAUCAGAGCAUCUAAACCUGAAGACUGAAAAUACAAGGGGUGCUGGGAUUUCAGUACUUUUACUGCAGGAGUCAAGCAGCAACAAAUGGCCUGUUGUAGAAGGGAGACCCUUAGCUGCUACCAACAUUCUCUGUUCAGAACCCUAUUAUACAAAGGAUUGUGUCAAUGCGCUGAAGCGUACCAUUGGAUGGGACAGCUCAUCAGCUGCUUCUUCCAUCAAUCAAGGGUCUUCAAGGCAAUCAGUACAUUUUGAGCGCCACAAAAGUAGUAAUCACUAUGACUUUGAGAAGUCUCAAAUAAGUAGUACCGUCAGUUGUCAAAGCAUUGCAUCAAUGUCAGAUAUGUCAACCAGCAAUUGUUCAGUUUCAAUUUGUCCUCGGAGAAAUGCAAUUGUAGAUAUUGGCUUCCUAACCGACAAUUCAGAAAGCAGUGCUUCACGAACCAUGAUUUGUACUGAGGAACUUGAUGAGUCAUGUAAGUGCACUCUCUCAAGCGCUAUAGAGUGCUGGUCUGCUGCAAAGGCUAUUGUUAAUGAUGAUAUUGAUUCAUUUGGAGAUGCUAUUCAGAACUUAAGUGCCAACACAUGUUCAUCAGAUACCGAAACACAUAACAAUAUUCCACUGUCUUUGGCUCCUGAAGAAAGUUGCAUACAAAAAACUGAAGAAGGUACAUCUGCUGUCAGUCAGUGCUAUUCAGUUGGCAUUCCAGAACAUCCUGGUGAUGAGUGUGGCGUUGAUAAUUAUCAAAUGCAGUAUGAAGCAGUUCCAGCUUCUAAUGAGGCAAAGAGAUUGGAUGAUGGUUGUGUAUCUGUCAUCUCUGAAGAGGAUGUGUUGUUUUCUGCAACAGAGGCUAACACAAUGGAGCUUCCUGAUAAUGAAGGAUUGCUGGCUACAGUUGAGGGAUCAAGGGAGCAAAUUCAGAGAUGCUUCACUUUAGAAGAGGUUACGGAUACAAUUCUCUUCUGCAGUUCCAUUGCUCAUGACAUUGCAUUCAGGGCUGCAACAAUUGGACUGGAGCGUGAGCAGCAGUCAGAAUUUGCUUCUGCUCCUCGCCCAACAGUUACCAUGGUAGGACAAUCCAUUCCAAGGGGUGAUAGUUCGCUGAAGCCGACCCACAGGCGAAUGCCAAGACAUAGGAAAUUAUCAGAAGGUGGAACGGUCACAGAAACUGCCAAGAUGGAAGUUGUCGCUACAGAUCAUAUACCUGUGCAACAGGUUCAUGAAUUUUCAAGGACAUCUGACAGCAUGAAGCCUCCAAAGAUCGAAUCAAAGUGCAACUGUGCAAUCAUGUAGAGUUUCCUAUCAACCUAACGUGCCAAGAGCACUUAUGAUCGUAGUUGAAAUCCAUGGUUGCUACUUAUUAUUUGCACGCAAGUCAGCAACACAGAAUGACAGAAACGAAUCUACAUCCACCUAUUUCAAUCGACAUCAGCGACCUGCUAACUGCUGGUCGUGCAUUUGUUCUUUUUUUUGGGGGGGAAUGGGGGUGAUAGAGGUGCUCAAGGAGCCAUUCUUUUGUAAAUUCUUGCUUGCCCCUUUUGCUCACCGUGUUUACUCCGAUUUAACAAGUUCAAUUUUAGUUUGUGCAUGAUGCCAACUCCUCUAGAGGGAGUGAAACUUCUAGUUCAGAUUGUGUUCAAUUGUGUAUUCUUUUGCGACAGAAUGCAGAUGUGCCUUGUUGUGCCAUCGUGCAUCUGUUUGCAUAUUUGACACAGAGUGCGGUGAGUGUAGGUUUUGACUCAAAUGUAAGUCUGUAAUUAUAUAUUGACAUAGGAAGUUAUAAAUGUAUAUUGGCUUGGCUGAAUGGUGUUGGCGGAAAAAAAUAAAAUCAAAUGGUAAAUGUUCUGUUAA